AACAGAGAACGGGAAACUAAGGACACAAAUAUUAGGCUAUUAUUCUCGGCAAAGGAGAAUUGCACACACUGACACACACUCAGCUGUUCGAAGUAAUGAGACCAUGAAAUUUCACAAUGAAUAACAAGAAAGAUUCUGGUGCAUCAGGAGUGGCAGACCUCCCACUUCCUGCAAACUGGAGUAUGAAAAUGUCCAAAAGCUACCCUGGCAAGAUGUACUAUGUGAAUAAAGUGACAAAAGAGUCGUCUUGGAGGCACCCGUUAGAUAAAACACCAACAAAUAAAAAGAAGACUGGUAGUGCUCCCCAUCUGGCAUCUCAUAAAUCGACUAAAGGAACAAAUAGCAUGGAAGAUGCAUCCUCAUCAUGCUCCAGCACACCUAAUCUAGGCCCGUCAGCAGUUUCUGCCAUCUCCCACCUGUCUGAGGAAGAGCAGGUCCAUGUAAUGGGAUUUAAAUCUAAAACACAACAGAAGUCGGCACCACUCAUGUCACUGGCCACUGACAGUAACAACUCAACUUUGAACGAUAGUGUUAUUUAUCUUCGUACUGAUCCUAACAACUCGACUUUGAACGACAGUGUUAUUUGUCUUCAUAGUGAUCCAGCAGAUACCAAAAAGUCUGAAGCAAAAGCUAUUCCUGAGGAAAGUUCAUCAAAAGAAUGUAGUGAUAAGAGAAAAACUCGUUCUAAAAAGAAGAAGAAAAAGAAGAAAAAAUCAAAGGGAGCACCUGAACUAGAGAAACAAUCAGAUGCAAAGGCAGAGAGAAUCUUGGGCAAAGAUUCUAGAUGUGAUUUAAAACAUAAACUUGCUGUGUCCCCUUCUCAGGAAAUGACUUCAAAGGGUCUUUCACUGUCUGACUGCAACGCAGAGAAAGUUACCUCCACUCCAUCUUCUGGUGCAUGUCUGUCUAAUUCUCGUCCAGUCUUAAAAGCUAAAAGGAGAAGCAAAGGGCUUGAAGAAGAUUCCUCUGCAAAACAUAGUCAGGUGAACAGAGUUGAGCCAGCUGCGGUGUCUCAGAAGAAUACUGAAAAGGAAAGGCAAGCUGAUAUAGUGCUUGAUCCUCUACCAACGGGACGAGAUAGCUAUCAUGAUCACUCUCCUACAUCAUCAUCUUCAUCCAACUUUGGUUUCAGAGAUGCUCCGAUUCUCCCAUCAGUCUCUGAUUCUUCUGUGAUAAUCGUUGAGCCGAAUGAUUACUCUACUGACCAGAGGGCAGAUAGUUCUGUUAUUGUGUUGGACAAUACUCAUGAUGUUAUUGAUCUCUGUACUCCGAUGAAACGUCGAAGGGUGAGUUCAAAAAGUGAUGGUACAUUGACUUUGCCUACGAGACCACAGCUCACAAUGAUUUCUCACAUAAAUCUUCUCGCGAAAAAACAGGAUGUAGGUUGUGAAAGCAUGUCACACAAGGUUAAGGAGGUCAUGCCAGUAGCCAGCCCGGAGAAAAUUGCAAAUGAGAUGAAACGGAAAAAACCUGGCCUUCCUGGAGAAUGUUCUUCAGAGAAAAGUUCAAGGGAGAUCGCGUACAAUGAAAGCACAUCUGAACUUCCGAGGGAAAAAUCAUCUGCAUAUGGUGCUGAGGCCGUUCUCUCAUCAAAAAAAUCUGUUGAGCAAUGUGAGAUAAGCACACAACAACAGCCUUCUCAGAGUUCUGCUGCAUUUCCUCUUCCAGGAGACGUUGGUGUGAACGAUGGUUUAGCUGAUGGCACAGAUGCAACUGAGACAGUGCGGGAGAUUGAGGACAUGGAUUUUGAGGAAGUUGGAGAAAUUGUACUCUUAAACAUCCAGAAUUUGAGAAGGAACUCUUCCCAUUUGACAUGUGCGCCGAUCGGCACGUUAACGGAGGCGGUGGCCAAAAGUCCCCUGGUCAGUAGCCCUGUGGUCAUCAAGAUUGAGGAGUCACCCGAGAAGCACAAGGCUCUCAUUCUUGUGGUGGACACGAAUGUACUCAUUUCCUGCCUGACUUUCCUGAGUGAGAUCAUGAAUGCCGAUCUUCCAGGGUUAGGAAUCCCAACUCUGGUUUUGCCGUGGGUCGUCAUGCAGGAACUGGACUUCAUCAAGGACAGUCGCAAAAGACGAGACAGAUAUAACGAAAUGACCUGGCGUCGUGCUGUGGAGGCUGUACAUUUCAUCCACGCCAAACUGAAUACAAAAGACCAGAACUUGAUUGGUCAGCCCCCGAAAGAGGCCUACCAGAAGACGGAUAUGGUCAUUUCCUCUAACGAUGACCGGAUCCUGCAAUGCUGCGUGCAGUGGAAGGAGAAGUGCCCUGAUGACCACGUGAUUUUAUUGAGCCGCGACCUGAACCUCACCAACAAGAGUGUGAUCAUGGGAAUCUCUGCUGCAAAUACAGAAACCCUGUGGAAUGAGCUGAGGAUGCCAAAGCCAAAUCUGAAGCUGCUGCAAAAACCACCAAGCAAUGAGACCACUCAGAAAG